GGUCGCGCAUGCGCCGCGCAACCUUACCGGGGAAAUUCUACAUGCUGAGCGCGAACCUGACAAGAUGAAUCCGUUAACUAAGGUGAAGCUGAUCAACGAGCUGAAUGAGCGGGAGGUCCAGCUCGGGGUGGCGGAGAAGGUGUCGUGGCACUCGGAAUACAAGGACAGUGCUUGGAUCUUUCUGGGAGGGCUUCCUUAUGAACUGACAGAAGGGGAUAUCAUUUGUGUGUUUUCACAAUACGGGGAGGUGGUUAAUAUUAAUCUCGUGCGGGACAAGAAGACUGGAAAAUCCAAAGGCUUCUGCUUCCUCUGCUAUGAAGACCAAAGGAGCACAAUUCUGGCUGUUGACAACUUUAAUGGGAUCAAGAUUAAAGGAAGAACCAUCCGAGUGGAUCAUGUGGCUAACUAUCGGGUGCCUAAGGUCUCAGAGGACAUGGAUGAGGUGACCAGAGAGCUCCAGGAGAUGGGCUGUGGGGUUAGGACGCCCUCCCCGAGUGCAUCUGAGGGUUCUGAAGAUGAUAAACCCUCAAAAAAGCACAAAAAAGACAAAAUGGAAAAAAAGAAGAAAAAGAAAGACAAAGAGAAGCAUGACCGGGAGGUGCAGUUGGAGCAAGCGUCCGCUUCUUCCUUGCCCAGAAGCAAAACCACAAAGGAAAAGGAUGAGUCUGGACCGAAGCCAGAGAGCAGCAAGAGCUCCGAGAAGGCCCAGAGGUCAGAAACCAGGGAGGCACGGAAGCACUACCCUGGGUCCCCUGAGGCCAGGACUGCCACUGGCAGAAGAGUUGAGGAGCCAGCCAGGGAGCCGAAGAAGGAGAGAUCGAAACAUGAGCAUAGGUCCUCCGACAGGAGGGACGUGAGAGACGAAAGGAACAGGGAUAGGGAUAAAGGACGAAACACAGAGUCACAUUCGAACUGGCAUGACGGGCAUUCGGAAGGCCGGAGCCAUCGGAGUAGAAGUCGGAGCCGAGAGCGAUCGCAUCGGCAGAAGAGGGCCCGUUGCUCCCGCGAGCGGGACUCCUCGAGUCUCAGUGACCGCAGGCGUCACUGAGGCCGGAUCCACCACUCUGGAGAUCUGGAAAUGAUAUGUUUUUAAAAUGUAGUCCAAGUCAGCUACACCGUUACCAUUUCUCUCAGUAAAGUCUCUAAAGCUGAAUUCUUUUAAUUCUUGAGUAGUAGUCCUUUAGAGGGCUGUAGUUUCGGAGUCGGGUGCCAUGCAUUUGUUUUUUUAAGCACAAUCCACAUAUCAUCCCUGGGAACAUAUUUGGAACUUAACAGAGAGCGUGUCCUCAAUUUGGGCUCACAGAUAAGCCCUUUGAACCCAUAGGCCACCCCCAGCCCGAGACGAAAUUGCCAGAAAAAGGAAAGCACAGACAAUUCUAGAGUCCUAGUCUUUGUCUUUGAUGUUGAGAACCCAGCAUUGCAAGGCCUUUUGAGUUUAGCAGAUAGAACUACAGUGAAGUGGGGCUUAACUUGAUUCAGACCACCUGAGGUCAAUGUGAUUGCAUUCUGGUUUUGUUGUUGUU